AGGUGGGCCUCACCCUAGGGGACAGCGAGGAGGAACUUCCUGCCCGCGCGCGAUCCUUCGCGCUGAGCGCAGGGGCUGGGAGGCUGCAGGCGCGUCAAGGCCUCUCCCAAGGUGCAGGCGCGUCCCCAACGCAGGAAGAGCCACGGGGGCAGCCCGUGCCCUAACUUGGAACCGGGACCCCACGUCUGCAGCUGGCGGUGGGCUUCAAAGCCUCAGGACGGACCACUCCCCGGCUCACGUAAGCAUCCUGGGAACCGAUUCCCGCCAGUCCUUGGGGCGGGGGAGCCGGACUUGGUCAAGAUUGGACUUUGUGGCUGGUGGAGAAGUUGGGAGGGAUCGGCUCAUCCUCUGCUGGAGAGGAGAGACCCUCCUGGCAGUUCUGCGGGGACGCCCCCCCGCCCCCCCCAAGACUCAGGCCUACAGUGUAGUUUGGGGUCGUUGCCCCCGCUCCCGAUUUCACCCUGGAGAUCUUAAAGACCCUCGAGAAAAGCCACGUGGGGGGCUGGUUCCCCUGGGGUUUCCUCCCCUCCCCCGACUGCCUGAUCCUCUGGAGCGUGCCUGAUGUUUGCAAAGAUGUGGAUUUGGACGUCCUCGUGGAAGCCUUGAAGCCCGUGGGGACCUUUAAAAAGAUCGGCAAGGUGUUCCGCAGGGAGGAGGACUCCACGGUGGGGAUGUUGCAGAUCGGGGAGGACGUGGACUAUCUGCUCAUCCCCCGGGAGGUCAGGCUGGCCGGAGGCGUAUGGAGGGUCAUCUCCAAGCCCGCCACCAAGGAGGCGGAAUUUCGCGAGCGACUGAUCCAGUUUCUGGAGGAAGAAGGCCGCACACUGGAGGACGUGGCCCGCAUCAUUGAGAAGAGCACCCCACACCCACCCCAGCCCCCCCAAAAGCCCAAGGAGCCCAGGGUGAGGAGGAGAGUCCAGCAGAUGGUGACCCCGCCCCCACGGCUGGUGGUGGGCACCUAUGACAGCAGCAAUGCCAGCGACAGUGAGUUCAGUGACUUCGAGACCUCUAGAGACAAGGGAGACAAGGGGGACAAGGGUCACAAAGGCGCGGGGCGCAGCAGGAAAGUGCGCAAAAUGCCAGUCAGUUACCUGGGCAGCAAAUUUCUGGGGAGCGACCUGGAGAGCGAGGACGACCAGGAGCUGGUGGAGGCCUUCCUGCAGCGAGGGGAGAAGAAACCCAGCGCGCCACCUGCCCGCCGCCGCGUGAACCUGCCCGUGCCCAUGUUCGAGGACAACCCCAGGCCGCAGCUGUCCAAGGCGGACAGGUGGCGAGAGUAUGUCAGCCAGGUGUCCUGGGGGAAGCUGAAGCGGAGGGUGAAGGGUUGGGCGCCCAGGUCCAGCCCUGAGGGGGUUGAAGCCCAGCAGGCAUCUACCAGGCCGGAGAGGGUUGGGGCCUCGGGGUCAGGCAGAGCCAGCCUGAGUGACAAUGUGGGCAACACAGGAGAUGGGUGGGAGCCUGAGAUGCCCCCAAGACAAUGGAGGCCCAAAAUCAAAUGGGCCUCUUUUCGCCGUUGCAGGAGGGAAGAAGCGGCAUCCACAGAUCAGAGGGCCGAGGCUGCGGAUGAUCAAAGAGUUGAGGCAGCAGAUGAUCAGAGGGCAGAAGCUGCAGAUAAUCAGAGGGCAGAGGCAGCAGAUAAUCAGAGAGCUGAGGCUGCAGAUGAUCAGAGAGCAGGGGCUGCAGAUGUGCAGGGGGCUGAGGCGGAAGAUAAUCAGAGGAUACAGGCUGUAGAAAAUCAGAGGGCAGAGGUUGAGGAUAAUCCAGGGGCAGAAGCCAUAGCUGUCCAAAGGGCAGAGGCGGCAAAUAAUCAGAGGGAAGGGGCUGCAGAUAAUCAAAGGGCAGAGGCCCAAGCUGUCCAGGGGGCCGAGGCUGCAUCUGAUGGGGCUGAAGACACAGCUGACCAGAGGGCAGAAGCUGUACAGAACCAAAGGGCUGAAGCCCCAGCUGCUCGGGGGGCCAUAGGGACAACUCAGGGAGCUAAGGCCCGGAAACAGGUCAAGACAGUGAGGUUCCAGACUCCUGGCCGUUUUUCAUGGUUUCGCAAGCGCCGGAGAGCCUUCUGGCACACUCCCCGGUUGCCAACCCUGCCCAAGAGAGUUCCCAGGGCAGGCGAGGCCAGGAGCCUUAGGGUGUUGAGGGCAGAGGCCAGAGCAGAAGCAGAGCAGGGAGAACGGGAAGACCAGUUGUGAGGUGAAGAUAGGGGUGCCCUGGAUCUCAUGGCUUCCUGCCGCCAUACUUGAAAAUGGAGGUGGACAAGGGCCGGGCAGCGGGCCUCCCAUCUCCACCCAGCACCCCUCUGUCUUAUUAGAAGUUUAUCUUUCAUGUAUUGAUUUAAAAAAAAAAAAGAUUCCUUCUAGUCACCCAAGGAACGUAAAGAAACAACCAUACAAAGGGGUCGCAUCGCUCAUGAUCUUAACAUCUGCAAUGCAAUUCUAGGUGCUCGGCUUGAAGCGGGGAAAGCAGCAGAGAUACUCCUUCCCCCUCUCUCCUUUUCUCUUCUUUUCUACUGUCCCCUUAACAUUGUCAGCAUCCUUGAACUUAAAAAAAGGGCGCAAGCCCACAUGCAAAUAAAAAUGUUUACCACGGGA